UAUAUUAUUGUUUUUCCUAGCUGUACGUAGCAAAUGUCAAGAAAUGGUACAGCGACGCCAAUGGGCAACGAUGUGUACGAAGGUACAUUCCGCCUGGAAUGCUACGGUCCGAAUGAUACCAAGGUAAUGCGAUAUUACAACGGAUGUACUUUAAAAGAACUGGAAGUGCGUGAUUAUUUCACAGCGCGUGCAUUAGCCACAACGAAUAAUGAAAAUGACCUAGAGACAGCACUGGAACGCGGAAACAAUGAGAACUGGCAUAUACCAGCGUCCACACUGUGCAUGGCUUCUAGUAUAUGGACACAAAAAAGCGUACCCGUAGAAUGGGAUGAAGCUAAAAAAUAUCAUAUGAAUUCAUCCCAAGUAUUCUCAAAAGCUAGAGCGUUACUGGAUUGCCUGCAUUCGUCGAAGCGUCUGAACCUUAACCAUACAGUAACAGCACAUGAAAUCAACAAUAAUGUCGUCAAAUAUGCAAUCAAAGGACGCAAUACGCGCCUAGUGGAUUGUGCAAGCAAGUCAAGAAAACUAAGUAAGAUAAUAUCGCAAUCUAUAGGACUGCAGACAAACUUUCUGCGUGUACUAUCGGAAAUAAAAAAACAAUUUAAAGUGCUCCUCAAUAUACGCAAUCUAGUGGAUGUAUCGUCAUUUGACGUCGAUUAUCCAUCGACAUUCUCCGUUUUUGUAAUAUUCUACGAUAUGGAUCUAAAUCUAAACCAAGAAAGCGAACCACAAGUAUGGGAGUCAUGGGAUCUGCAUAAACUCGUACAUCCAGGAAGACCACAACAAUGCCUAGUGUCAUACUAUGAAGACGAUAACCCAGAAGCUGGAUUAUUGACAAAGAUGACAUUUCCCACACAGGUGUCAUACUUUAUUGAGCGCAACUUCGCCCUUACAGUUAAUGGAGCACACGUGCCAGUAUACACCAAAGAUGGAUGCAACCCAGUUAUAUACCGCCUCAGAAACGCACAAAUGUGCCUUAUAGAUCGGUUCAUAUUCAUCGCAAUAUCCCAAGCAGCAUUGGAACCACUAAGGUCACAAACACCUAUCAUUGUGGAAGGUGUUCAUGUGUUCGUUAAAAGUAUGACAUCCGAACGGCUCACUAUAGUAUUCGAAGGAGAGAUGCUAGAAUUAGGUUACAUCAGCUUUGGCAAUGAAGAAGUUGGCGACGUUGUCUGGCGGUUGGUGAUAACCAAACUGCGCGACCUGACCAUUGAAUACUGGAAACGCCAGGUUUACCAAAGAGAUCGUCAUGAGCUGUGCCUACUCACCUCAUUUUUAAAAUACACAGUAAAACUUUUCACUAAAUUUGUACUAACUUAAACGACAGCCUUUUCCCCAUCCCGCGUCAGGUACCG